AGAGAGGGGAUCCCAUUCUUUGGCAUUCUACGGGUUAAAACCCGUAAAAAUGUCGCUGAGUCUCCAGCAGGCCAGGAGAGGCCAAAGCUCCCACUUGCGUGCUGCGCGUGUCUCCUCUUUGGGCUUCUGCUGGCAGAUAAAUGCAGAGAGAGAGAGAGAGAGAGAGAGUGAGUCCCAGUGUUUAGCAUUCUUAGGGUUAAAACCAAGUAAAUUUGAAUCCUAGAGAGGCAGAGGAUUUGGGGAGGAGGAAGAGGCGGCCUCCUCCGGAGCAAGAGCCCCUCCCUGUCUGUUUUCUGACUUGUGGGGAGAAGGAGCCUGUCUUUCCCAGGCGCUGCCCCUCCUGAAACCCGGCUUUGGUGGAACACAGUUUGAAGAUGGAAGAGGGAGACUCAGCUGCCCCUGAAGAAGGAAGAGGCCCCGAUACCAUCAAAACUUGGGGCAGUGGGGAAUUCUGGGAAAGGGUUGUGCAGAAGAUGCUGGGUGAAGAGAACAUCCUCAGCUCAGAUCUGCAGUGCCAGCAAUUCAGGCAUUUCUGCAACCAGGAGGCUGAGGAACCCCGAGAGGUUUGCAGCAGGAUCCAUAAUGUCUGUCAUGAGUGGCUGAAGCCAGAGCGGCACACAAAGGCUCAGAUCCUGGACUUGGUGAUCCUGGAGCAGUUUUUGACUGUUCUUCCAUCAGAGAUGGAGAGCUGGGUGAGGGAAUGUGGAGCAGAGACCAGUUCUCAGGCGGUGGCCCUGGCGGAAGGCUUCCUCCUGAGUCAGGCAGAGGACAAGAAGCGGGAAGAGCAAAAGGUGAAGGGUCUGUUUGCAGAAUUGGGCACUGAUUUCCCUGAGGCAGAGAGGACUCCAUCGGACACCAAACGGAGGCUGCUGGGAGAUGGAAAGAUGCUGGCAAGUCCUACUCAGGCACCAACUCAUUCCGGUGCAGUAGAAGGAGCUGCUUCGGAACCGGAUCAGAGUCCAGUGUCCUUUGAGGAUGUAUUUGUGCAUUUCACGGAAGAAGAGUGGGACCUGCUGGAUCCUGACCAGAGAGCUCUGCAUAGGGAAGUCAUGGAGGAGAAUUAUGGGAUUGUGGCCUCUCUCGAAGGAGACGAAUGGGAAACCAAGAAUAAGGGUGAACAAUCUGGGAAAGAGACAUUGGAAAGAAAGAAAUAUAUGGAGAAAGAACAACGGAAAAGGAAAACCAAAGUAGAAAAGAGGAGGAAUAGAACCUCCACUUCUGAGGACAGUGAUUGCCGUGACAUUGCAGUCCAAGAAAAAACAGAUCAAAGAAACAAAAGAAGUAAAUGUUCUGGUUAUGGGAAAAGUCUCAACUCUAAAAGAAAAUACAAAGCCUACUGCAAAAAUCACAAAGAGGAGAAACGAUGUAAAUAUUUGGAGUGUGGAAAGAGCUUCAGUCAAAAGAGAAGUCUCAUAACUCACCAAAGAAUUCACACUGGGGAGAAACCAUAUCAAUGCAUGGAAUGUGGAAAGAGCUUCAGUAGAAAUUUCUCUCUCACCUUGCAUCAGAGAACUCACACUGGGGAGAAACCAUAUAAAUGCUUAGAAUGUGGAAAGAGCUUCAUCCGCAGGAACAGACUCACUUCCCAUCAAAGAAUUCACACUGGGGAGAAACCACAUAAAUGCUUAGAAUGUGGAAAGAGCUUUCCUUACAGUUCUAAACUUGCUACACAUCAAAGAGUUCAUACUGGGGAUAAACCACAUAAAUGCUUGGAAUGUGGAAAGGGCUUCCUUCUCACUGAACAGCUUACUUCCCAUCAAAGAAUUCAUACGGGGGAGAAACCCUAUCAGUGUUUGGAAUGUGGAAAGAGCUUCCUUCGCAGUAGUCAGCUUACUUCCCAUCAAAGAAUUCAUACAGGAGAGAAACCCUAUAAAUGCUUGGAAUGUGGAAAGAACUUCCGUCACAGUUCUAGCCUUUCUUCGCAUCAAAGAAUUCAUACAGGGGAGAAACCACAUAAAUGCUUGGAAUGUGGAAAAAGGUUCACUCGGAAACUGCAUCUUUCUAAUCAUCAAAUACUUCACAUGGAAGAGAAACCAUAUCAGUGUCCUGAGUGUGGAAAGGGCUUCAGAGACAGUUCUAGCCUUUCUUCCCAUCAUAAAAUUCAUACAGGGGAGAAACCAUAUAAAUGCUUUGAGUGUGGAAAGGGCUUCAGAGACAGUUUUAAUCUUUCUUCCCAUCGUAGCAUUCAUACAGGGGAGAAACCAUAUAAAUGCUUAGAAUGUGGAAAGAGCUUUUCUCGAAAGAUCUAUCUCACUGAUCAUCAAAGAAUUCAUGCUGGAGAGGAACCCUAUAAAUGUGAGAGGUGCGGAAAGAGCUUCAGUCAAAAGAAAAGUCUCACAACUCAUCAAAGAAUUCACACUGGGGAGAAACCAUAUAAAUGCUUGGAAUGUGGAAAGAGCUUCAGUAGAAAUACCCCUUUCAUUUUGCAUCAGAGAACUCACACCGGGGAGAAACCAUAUAAAUGCUUGGAAUGUGGAAAGAGCUUCAGUAGAUAUUCCUCUCUCACCUUGCAUCAAAGAAUUCACACUGGGGAGAAACCAUAUAAAUGCUUAGAAUGUGGAAAGAGCUUCAUCCACAAGACCAGCCUCACUUCCCAUCAAAAAAUUCACACUGGGGAAAAACCACAUCAAUGCUUAGAAUGUGGAAAGAGCUUUUUUUACAGUUAUAAGCUUACUAAACAUCAAAGAGUUCAUACUGGGGACAAACCACAUAAAUGUUUGGAAUGUGGAAAGAGCUUCAGUCAGAAGACAUCACUCACUAAUCAUCAAAUAAAUCACACAUCAGAGAAAACAUAUAAAUGCUUGGAAUGUGGAAAGAGCUUCAUUCGCAGUGAACAGCUUUCCUCCCAUCAAAAAAUUCAUACAGGGGAGAAACCUUAUAAAUGCUUGGAAUGUGGAAAGAGCUUCCUUCGCAGUGGUCAGCUUAUUUCCCAUCAAAGAAUUCAUACAGGGGAGAAACCCUAUAAAUGCUUGGAAUGUGGAAAGAACUUCCGUCACAGUUCUAGCAUUUCUUCGCAUCAAAGAAUUCAUACAGGGGAGAAACCACAUAAAUGCUUGGAAUGCGGAAAGGGCUUCACUCGGAAGAUGCAUCUUACUACUCAUCAAAUGCUUCACAGAGGGGAGAAACCAUAUAAGUGCUUGGAGUGUGGAAAGACCUUCAGCUGGAAGCAAAGCCUUGCUUACCAUCAAAGAAUUUCCAGAGGGGAAGAAAACCCACACAAAUGCUUGGAAUGUGGAAAGAGGUUUGGUCAGAGCUCUGCUCUCACUUACCAUCAGAGAAUUCACACCGGGGAGAAACCAUAUCAAUGCCUGGAGUGUGGAAAGGGUUUCAGAGCUGUUUCCAGCCUUCGUUCUCAUCAUAAAGUUCAUACAGGGGAGAAACCAUAUAAAUGCUUUGAGUGUGGAAAGGGCUUCAGAGACAGUUUUAACCUUUCUUCCCAUCGUAGCAUUCAUACAGGGGAGAAACCAUAUAAAUGCUUGGAAUGUGGAAAGAGCUUUUCUCGGAAGUUACAUCUCAGUGAUCAUCAAAAAAUUCAUGCUGGAGAGGAACCAUAUAAAUCCUUGGAAUGCGGAAAGAGCUUGAGCUGCAAGAAAAGUCUCACUUCCCAUCAAAGAAUUCACACAAGAGAGAACUAUGAAAACGAAGGAGCCUUUGUCUUUCCCAGGCGCUGCGUCCAUCGGUGGCCUCUCCUGAAACCGGUAUUGGAGGCUUCACUGCAACACAAUUCAAAUAUGGAAGCGGGAGACUCAGCUGUCCAUGAAGAAGGAAGAGGCUCCAAUCCCAUUAAACCUGGGAGCAGUGGAGAAUUCUGUGAAAGAAGCGUACAGAAGAUCCUGAGUGAGGGAGACACCUUCAACUCAGAUGUCCAGCGCCAGCAUUUCAGGCAUUUCUGCUACCAGGAGGCCAAGGGGCCCAGAGACCUUUGCAGCCAACUCCACCAUCUUUGCCAUCAGUGGCUGAAACCAGAGCGAUACACAAAGAUCCAGAUCCUAGAUUUGGUGAUCCUGGAGCAGUUUAUGGCUGUCCUUCCCCCGGAGAUGGCAAACUGGGUGAGGGAAUGUGGAGCAGAGACUAGUUCCCAGGUAGUGGCCCUGUGUGAAGGUUUCCUCCUGAGUCAGGCAGAGGAGAAGAAGCAGGAAAAGCAGCAGGCAAAGGGUCUGUUUGCAGAAUUGGGCACUGAUUUCCCUGAGGCAGAGAGGACUCCGUCGGACACCAGGCGGAGGCUGCUGGGUAACGAUCAAUGGGAUAUAAUAGACAUGCAUCACUCUGAGGCAAGCAUGUGCCAAUGGCUUCCCAACAACUUGUCUCUCACAGGUGAUGGAAAGAUGCCAGCAAGACCUACUCAAGCGCCACCUCUUUCCGCUGGAGUAGAAGGAGCUGCUGCGGGACCGGAUCAGGGUCAAAUAUCCUUUGAGGAGGUGGCUGUGUAUUUCACGGAAGAGGAGUGGGCCCUGCUGGAUGCUGACCAGAGAGCUUUGCAUAAGGGAGUCAUGGAGGAGAAUUGUGGGAUGCUGACCUCUCUCGAAGGUGACGAAUGGGAAACCAAGAAGGGAGGAGAAUUACAUGGGAAAGCGACAUGGGAAAGAGACAUAUCUGAAAAGAGGGAAGAGCAUGGAAUGAAAACCAAAGCAGAAGAGAAGUGGAGGAAUAAAUCCUCUGCCUCUUGGAGCAGUGACUACCAUGAAAUUGCAGUGCAAGAAAAAACAGAUCAAAGAAGCGAAAGAAGUGAAUGUUUUAGUUACGGGAAGUGUCUAAAUUCUAAAAGAAAAUGCAAAGCCUACUGCAAAAACCACAAAGAGGAGAAACCAACUCAGUGCUUAGAAUGUGGAAAGAGCUUCAUCUGUAAGAAUAGACUUAUUUACCAUCAAAGAAUGCCCACAGAGGAGAAAGCAUAUAUGUGCUCAGAAUGUGGAAAGAGCUUCAGUAGAUAUUCCUCUCUGACUUUGCAUCAAAGAAUUCAUACUGGGGACAAACCAUAUAAAUGCUUGGACUGUGGAAAGAGCUUCAGUCAGAGCUCAAAUCUCGCUUCCCAUCAAAGAAUUCAUAUUGGGGACAAACCGUAUAAAUGCUUGGAAUGUGGAAAGAGCUUCAUCUAUAAGAACAGACUCAUGUAUCAUCAAAGAAUGCACACAGGGGAGAAACCAUAUAAAUGUUUAGCGUGUGGAAAGAGCUUUCCUCACAUUUCUACACUUUCUACUCAUCAAAGAAUUCAUACUGGGGACAAACCAUAUAAAUGUUUGGAGUGUGGAAAGAGUUUCAGUCAGAGCUCAAAUCUCGCUUCCCAUCAAAGAAUUCAUACAGGGGAGAAACCAUAUAAAUGCUUGGAAUGUGGAAAGGACUUCCGCUGCAAGAAAACGUUUACUUGCCAUCAAAGAAUUCAUACUGGAGAGAAACCGUAUAAAUGCUUGGAAUGUGGAAAGGGCUUCAGAGACAAUUCUACGCUUUUUUCUCACAAAAGAAUUCACACUGGGGAGAAACCAUAUAAAUGCCUGGAAUGUGGAAAGAACUUCAGCUGCAAGAAAACUUUUACAUCCCAUCAAAGAAUUCACACUGGGGAGAAACCAUAUAAAUGCUUGGAAUGUGGAAAGGGCUUCAGAGACAGUUCUAUCCUUUCUUCCCACAAACGAAUUCACGCUGGGGAGAAACCAUAUGAAUGCUUGGAAUGUGGAAAGGGCUUCAGAGACAGUUCUAUCCUUUCUUCCCACAAAAUAAUUCACGCUGGGGAGAAACCAUAUGAAUGCUUGGAAUGUGGAAAGGGCUUCAGAGACAGUUCUAUCCUUUCUUCCCACAAAAGAAUUCACGCUGGGGAGAAACCAUAUGAAUGCUUGGAAUGUGGAAAGAGUUUGAGCUGCAAGAAAGGUCUCACUUCCCACCAGAGAGUUCACAUAAGAGAGAAAUUAUUAAAGAAUGAUUGGAGUGUUGAAAGAGCUUCAGAAACACAAAUGUCAUCAUCCAGAAAUUCAGAACGAGGGAAAACCAAAUUAAAUGUGUAGUAUAGAAAUCCUGUCUCUCAGGUGAAAAACGGGAGGGGACUGAAUACACCCUAGCUGAGAGACAGGGGCAUUGUGAUCAAUGGUUGUUUCAUGUCUUGACACAGUAUUUCUUUGAAUACCAGUCGUUCAUCAAAGAAUUCCCACAGUGGAGAAUCCCUAUAAAUGCUUGUGGAAGUGAGGUCCUUAAUUUGCCGAAAGGGCAUAAAGUAGUGACCAAGCAGAGCCCAUGAGGCUAAAACUUACUAAAGGUGUCCUAACAGCAGGGUCUUUCUAUUUAAAACAAGAACUUUGCUACCAUUCCAGGGAACAGGUCCUGGUGGUUUUGUGUCUUAUUCAAACAGAUAAAAUUGUCCAGCUGUGAACCUGUGUAAUAUUGGGGAAUAUUUUAGAAGGAACACGCCCGAUACAUUUGCUGUGUGAAAGAACCACUACAUGAGGCGAAAGCUGUGGCCCAUGACAGUCCAUGUGGUAUCCUAGUUAGGGUGUCAGACUGGGACCUGGGAAACCAGGGUUCAAAUGCCGGUCAGCCAUGAAAACUCAUUGAGCCAGUCACUACCACAGGGUUGUUGUGAAGAUAAUGUGGGCAAGGGGAGAACCAUGUUUGUACGCCACCUUGAGCUAUUUGGAGGAAAGGUGGGAUGUAGUUGUAGUAAUCAUAAUAAUUAGAAUGGAAAUAUUGAUACCUUAAUCUAGAAAACUUAAUAUAAGAAAGAGAAAUAUAGAUAAUGAAGCGGGUGAGAGAGGGUAAGGUAAACUGCUUAGAAGUGGUGAGUUGUAUUCAGCGUACUACUAAGGAUCGUCAGCACCAGCAUUUCUGCUUGUCCGAUGUAACUGUCCUGCCUGAAGCCGAGAGAUCCAGACUCAGCCGUGGCUGUGAUGUUUUCCCUUUUUAUUAAAGUUAUAGUUACAUCAAAA